AUGCCGAUUGACGAGAAGGAUCGCGCGGCGAUCAAUGAGCUUCGUGAAGCUGUCAAGGAGCACUUGACGCCCUACUACGACACCGAUUUCAAUUUGUUGCGAUGGCUCAAAGGCCACGAUUAUAAUUUGUCGGUGAUCAAACCCAAAUUGAUCAACCAUUUGCUUUUCCGCAAAUCCGAUUGGGAUCUCGAUGGUCUCGCCGCGAAACCGCGAAAUCAUCCGGUGCACAAUCAUUGGAAGUCUGGAUUGACCGGCGAGUCUGGAAUCAUUCCGAACACCAUUGUGAAUAUUGAGCAGACUGGAGCCAAUGACUAUUGGGGAAUGUUGAGCUCGUAUCCGACCAAUGAGAUUUUGAGGGCCCGAGUUCAUGAUCUUGAGAGUAUGCUGAAGGCAGUCAUGGAUCUUGAGAAGAAGACAAAUGAGCAGUGCUCUGUGGUUUACAUUAUGGAUUUAACGGGCAUCAAAAUGGACCGAAAAUUGACGACACUGCUUUCGGGUGGUCUCGCCGCGAUCUCGGCAUUCAUGGCCGAACACUAUGUCGAACUUGUGCACAGUUUUGUGCUCGUCAAUGUGCCGGCGUUCAUCUCGGCGAUUUGGACGAUCGCCAAACCGCUUCUACCCGAGCGCACUCGCAACAAAAUCAAUAUAAUGGAUUCGAAUUGGAAGACGGAUGUUCUGAAGCUCGCCGAAGGCCGAUGCCUUCCGUCGUACUGGAACGACGAAGGAAGCGACGGACCAUUCAAAGCGCCCAUUGAAAAGUGUGUGCCGUUUCCUGAAGAGAAUUACUAUAAGAGCGGAAUCCCGCAAGAGGCUCAGGUUUUGAGCAUCGCCGCUGGAAAGACCGGAUUUGUGGACAUGAGAGUUGAGAAGGGUCAAAAACUCUCAUGGGAGAUCCACGCCAAUGGCCAUUUCGCGUUUGCGAUCUAUGAGUUGCCGGAGAACUUCGACAACGACACCAUCGAGCAUCUGCCAAGAGUUUAUCCAUUGUUCAGUAAGAUCCCUGGCCCGACAUUGGUUCCAUGCUUCGACAAUAUCACAUGCAAAUCAUCAGGAAUCUAUCGGGUGUGGUUUGGCAAUCAGCACGCAUGGUUCCACACGCUCAAAAUUAAUCAUGUGCUCAAAAUCGAAUAA